AUGUUUAUUAGAUAUGAAUGUAAAUUUUUAGCCCUUAAAAUGUUACUCGCAAUGUUUUUAUUUUGCAAACUUUUUGCAGUUGAUAUUCAGCUAAUUGCUUUAAAAAAUCUGUGUAAUUCAAUUGGGUUGGAUGGUAGUUGCAUCAUAUAUAGAUUUGAUAUAUAUGAUGGAAUUAAAAAGAUUGUGAUUGAGGAACCAAUUAUUAUUAAUGAGAAUAAUAUACUAGUGGAUGAAGAAAAUAUUUUUGCAUAUAAAGGCAUACAAAAGAUUUUUAUCAAAAAAGAUUGUAUCCUUUCAUCUCAGCCAUUAUUGGAUAAUAAACCUAUUGACCGCGAUAUUUUUCAACAAAUGCUAUUUGCUGAGAGACUUAAUGUUAAUUUAUUAAGGUUUGAUACUUUAUCCGAAAUAUUCGAAUAUAAUGUAAAACAUGGAACUGGUCCCUUGCCCAAUUCCUUACUUGAAAUUCGUCGUGCAAUUAUGAAGUAUAGUCAUGAUUUUACAUUUUUGGAAAAUGAUAAGAGUGUUUUUUUAAACUUAGUACGAGGAUUUUUAAAUUAUGUCCUUAAAUAUGCUUAUGGUAUGACCAAAGAUUCAAAAUUAAUGAAAGAAGUGUUUGAACUAACAAAUGAAAAUUUUUAUAAUCUGAAUGAAGAAAUUAUUCAACUAAUAAAUUUUGGAGCGCCUGACGAUUUUAUUUUGGGACCUGAAAAAUACCAAGUUUUAAAAGAAAUUGCAAAAAUAUAUUAA